AUGGAGGAUAAUAAAAUGAGCCAAUCUGAAGAGUUUCAAAAAUUAAAUGAAGAAAAAAAUCCUAAAAAGAAAAAUAAGAAUAAAAAAAAGCGUAUCAUUGGAGAUGGUGAUAAUGGUGGUGCUCAGUCGGCGGAUGGAUUAGCACUUUCUAACUUAAAAGAUAUUCAACAAAACAUAUCUUUGAAAGAUCUUAAAACGGCUAUGGAAGUCCUUAAUUUGCAGCAAAAACCGGCGAAAACAACCGAGGAAGCUCUGCAUAAAUCUUAUCAAUUUUGGUCAACUCAACCAGUACCUAAAAUGUAUGAAAAAGUUAUAACCAACGAACCUAUUGAACCACCCAAGUCUACCGAUGAAAUCCGUUCUGAGCCUUAUUCAUUGCCUGAGGGUUUUCAUUGGGAUACUCUUAAUCUAAACGAACCUUUGGUUUUAAAAGAGCUAUAUACUUUAUUAAACGAAAAUUAUGUAGAAGACGAUGACUGUAUGUUCCGAUUUGACUAUCAAACUGAUUUCUUAAAAUGGGCUCUUCAGCCUCCUGGUUGGAGAAUGGAGUGGCAUUGUGGAGUGCGUGUAGUGAAGUCUGGUAGAUUAGUUGGUUUUAUAUCUGCAAUACCAGCAACACUAAGAAUUUAUGAAAAAAUACAAACUGUUGUUGAAAUUAACUUUUUGUGUGUCCAUAAGAAACUGCGUGCUAAACGUGUCGCUCCAGUGUUGAUAAGAGAAAUCACCCGUAGAGUUAAUUUGACAGGAAUAUUUCAAGGUGUCUACACGGCUGGUAUUGUUUUGCCAACACCCAUUGCUACUUGUCGAUAUUGGCAUAGAUCUUUAAACCCUAAGAAACUUAUUGAUGUUAAAUUCAGUCACCUAUCUAGAAAUAUGACGAUGCAAAGGACCCUUAAAUUAUUUAAGUUGCCAGAUGCACCAAAAACAUCAGGUUUUAGAAAAAUGGAAGUUAAAGAUUCCGAUAAAGUUGUUAAACUUUUGAAUGAUUACUUACAAAAAUUUGAUUUAGUGCCAAUAUUCUCAGAAGAGGAAUUCAAACAUUGGUUUAUACCGCAGGCGGAAAUUAUAGAUAGUUAUGUUGUUGAAGCUUCUGAUGGAAGUAUCACAGAUUUUGUGAGUUAUUAUACAUUACCGUCCACUGUUGUCUAUCAUCCUGUUCAUAAGACCAUAAAAGCUGCUUACUCAUUUUACAAUGUCUCCACUAAAACACCAUGGGUGGAUUUAAUGUUAGAUGCAUUGAUUACGGCCAAGAACUCUGGAUUUGAUGUGUUCAAUGCCUUAGACCUAAUGGAAAACAAAGAGUUCCUAGAGCCUCUCAAAUUUGGUAUCGGAGAUGGAAAUCUACAAUACUACUUGUAUAAUUGGAGAUGUCCGAGCAUUACAUCAAAUAAAAUUGGUUUGGUUCUGCAAUAG